AUGUUGGCCCUCAUUGCUGCAGGCUCCAUCUUCUUCCCCGGACUCUUUCUGCUGUCCAAACAGAACCUGAAGCACCUGAAGGGAUGGAGCGAAGGAGACGCUGCCAUUGUGUCCACACGUCUGGUGUCAUCCAUCCAGGCCAUCAUGGCCUCAUCAGCAGGAUGUAUCAUCGCCUCGUCAUGCAGGGAUGUCGUAGAGGACAGUCAUUGGCUGACCAACACCUACAUCCUGUUUGCCACGCCAUACUUUGCCUACGACAUCUAUGCCAUGUUCCUGUGCUACUGGCACAAGCUGCAGGUCAAAGGUCACGAGGAGGAGGGUGUCAGGUCAAAGAGAGCUGCUGUGGCCGGUUACCUGCGCAGAGAGAUGCUCAUGGUGCUGCAUCACAUCUUCUUGGUGGCCUUCUGCUUUCCCGCCUCACUGCUGUGGAGGCAAGGGAAAGGUGACUUCUUCCAGGGCGUUUUGUUUUUGGCUGAGCUCAGCACGCCGUGUGUCUGUCUGGGGAAAGUCCUGAUCCAGUACAAGCAGCAGCACACUCUGCUGCACAAAGUCAACGGAGUCCUCAUGUUGCUCACCUUCUUCAGCUGUCGGGUGUUGCUCUUUCCUUACCUGUACUACGCCUACAGCAGGUAUGCAUCCAUCCCAGUGUACAUGGUGCCCUUGGUGGCCCCGUGGCAGUGCAACUUGGGGGCUGCUCUGCUGUGGCCCCUCCAGCUCUACUGGUUCACACUGAUCUGCAGAGGAGCCAUCCGCCUGUCCACCACAGGAUGUUCAAAACCAUCAUCCAAAGCUGACCAUGACGGCUGCCUCACCAAGUGUAACGGCUGCAAGUUGCAUCAGGAGGACUGACACUGGAGGUGAAGAAUAGAAGUGACUUCAA